CAAAAUAUGUGGGGCAUCACAAAUGAUCAGGUGACUCAUUCAAAAUGGUGGACAGACUAGUGAAUUCAGAAGCUAAUAACAGAAGAAUAAAUUUUGUUGAACAGUGUUUUGGAUCUUCUGGUCAGCCUUUAGUGUCUCCUGGACGAGUUUUAGUAGGGGAAGGUGUCUUAACCAAAUUAUGUCGUAAAAAACAAAAACCUCGCCAAUUCUUUCUUUUCAACGAUGCAUUAGUUUAUGGAAAUAUUAUUUUACACAAGAAAAAGUAUAAUAAACAGCAUGUUUUACAAUUAGAAAAUAUCAAACUUGAAGAUAUACCAGAUGAUGGAGCAUAUAAAAAUGGUUGGAAGAUAAUCAACCCAAGUAAAUCAUUUGCUGUAUUCGCAGCUACAGCUACAGAGAAGAAAGAAUGGAUGGCCCAUAUCAGAAAAUGUGUUAAUGAUUUACUUGUAAAACGAGGAAUAACGCAGACUUCAGAACAUGAUUCACCUGUCUGGGUACCCGAUCAAAAUGCUCAAACCUGUAUGCACUGUAAAAAAUCUGAGUUCACAGUCUUAAAUAGAAAGCACCACUGUCGUAAAUGUGGUAUUGUUGCCUGUAACACCUGUACGAACAAGAAAUGGUUAUUACCCCAGCAAUCGGCUAAACCAUUACGUGUUUGUUUAACCUGUUAUAAUCAGCUAUCCUUAUCGUCAGCUCCAGCCGUGAGUUCCGGUGAUAAUAACAAAAUACGAAAAUAUACUCCGAUUAAUAUUCCUGACUCAGAUGACGAUUCAUCUGAUGAUGAUGAUGAUGAUGAACCUACACCCAGUGUUGACACAGUGGAUAAUACAUACGAGUCACAGUUUCAAAGUUAUGAGGCAGAAGAAGUUCCUGAUUAUAAAGCUGGCCAAACUCAUCAGUAGUAACAUUAUAUAGUAACUUUCAAGACUUCUCUCUACUUCUACUUUCAUUUUAUAAAACUGAUCUUUGUUUAUAUUAGUUUACAACAAUUACUCUUCAUGCAAUGUCCAUACGUAAUUUUCUUGCUCUUUUUACUUUAUAAUGAGUCAGUAUAACCUAGAUAAUUGAUUAAAUCUUUUUGAUAUUAAGAAAACUUGAUUGAUUAUCAGCAUUAACAUUAACUAUUUAUUUAGUUCUUGCAAAAGUUAUAAGAGCUGAAACCUCUUAGGUAAAAAUAAAGUAUUGAAUUGUAUUCAUCUGGUGUGGUAUGAUUAAGUCAGCAUAAUUUCAAAUUGUCAACAGUCAAAUACAAAAACAGUUACAUCUCAAUACUGGCUUUAUAUAGAUGGAAAAUGUUCAACAAAGGCAGAUUUUAAUUCCACAAAAAAAAUUGACACAUAAAAUAUAAUUAAAUUGCCAGUUUUGGAAGGGUGGGACCCAAAUAAAUGUGUAAAAGGAUUAGUUAUAACUUAUACUGUAAUAUUUGAUAUGGAAUAAUGAAUUAAUUAAUAUUGCCAGUAAAUCAGUCUAUAUAAACUGCAACAAUAUAUGUGAAAAUUUAAUUGAUUGUUAUCAGAUUGUGAUUUGAAAAUGGCAGUUCGCCCAUGUAAUCAAUGGUGACUUAAAUUAGCCUCAAGUUAAGUUCUCAUGAAUGUGGACUGUGUGUACCUUGUGGUUGUUGGGGUUAUACAUUAUACUCCAAUUCUUAAGUUUAUAUCUGCAUCAUUUUUAUUUGUCUUUUAUUCUCAAAUGAAUGAUUUGCAUGUUUUUUUUCUACUCUAGUCUAUAGUGCUAUAUUGCUGCUAUAGUCUAUAGUGCUAUAUAUAUUGCUUCUAUAGUGCUAUGUUGCUGCUAUAGUGCUAUAUGGCUACUACAGUCUAUAGUGCUAUAUUGCUGUUAAAGUCUAUAGUGCUAUAUUGCUGCUACAGUCUUUAGUGCUAUAUUGCUGCUAUAGUCUAUAGUGCUAUGUUGCUGCUAUAGUCUAUAUUGCUACUAUAGACUAUAGUGCUAUAUUGCUGCUACAGACUAUAGUGCUAUAUUGCUGCUACAGUCUUUAGUGCUAUUUUUCUGCUGCAGUCUAUAGUACUAUAUCUCUUCUAUAGUGCUAUAUUUCUGCUGCAGUAUUUAGUGCUAUAAUUCAGUAAUUGUGACAUGCAGCUCUGAUCAGAUUUAUUAAAGUUAAGUUUUGCUAUUUCUUUUAUUUUCCUUUAUGAUAGUAUUUUAUUUUCACCUGUUUAUGAUUUGUGAUGCCUUUGAUGUUAGAAUAUGAAAUUGAUAUUGUUAGGCUAAAUUUAUUGCAAUGAAGAGUGGCUGCCAUGUAACAAAGCAUAUAUGCCCACAGCAGCUAUGUUAUUCAAGCAUUCCGUAAAGGCUGUUGCUUUGUUCAUGUUUUGAUCGCUGGGGGGUGUUUACAAGAUUCUACAAUGUAAUGAUAGCGGAUUGUGUCUUUAAACCUUCCCUGGAAUCCUUCACAUACUAGGCUGGCCUAUUAUUAAAUCUGGGCAAUAACUCCGGAAAUACUUAUCUGAUAUAGUAGUUAUUUUAUAAACUGAUUUAUCACAAUAAUCGAAACAAAGAACAUAGAUUUCAAGUAAAUCAGACGAUGACUUUAGCUGUUAAAGCAUUCUCAGGAUUGUACAAAUUGCUAAGGGCAAUAACUCUGGAAGUUACUAAAUUUGCAGAAUAAUGUGAACAACAUGUAUAAUUUUUUUUUAACUAUUUGAUGACAAAUAUAGUCUUUAGGGUGUUAAAAAUUAAUUAUGGACAGAUGGAUAUAGGCAACAGCAUUUAUAAAUAGCAAUAAAAUUAUUACAUCCGAGUUACUUUUACAAUUUAGUCAAGAUUCUUCUAACAAUACUAUUUUGGACUUGGAAGUUUUUAUAACAAGCAUUGAGAGUUCUUGAUCUUUCCAGACAAAUAUCUGGCUAAUCCUUCAUUGAUGGUUUCGGAUCAAUUUUAAGUUCCUAACGGCACGGUCUGAAAUAGCUAGUUACAAUCACUUUAUUAUUGAGUGUCAUAAUUGUUCAGUUUUAGUAACAAUAUUUUUAACCUUUCAUAGGCAACAAACAUGAAUUGUGUAUUUUGUGUUCUGCUUCUUCACUCAUCAUAUAACAUUAGGGCAAUUUCAACUUUUUUCGUUGAAGAAUGGGUCAAAAUUUGUUUGUCACAGAUAAUUGUCAAAAAUUUACAGGAAUGGGUUAUGUAAAUAGUCAAUCUACGCAUGAAGAUUUGACUGAAGAGGGUAUUUUGAUAUUAAAAGGUAAUUUUUAAAAUUCACGAAUGGCAGCUGCCCUUUUUUCACCUGUCCUUAACCAAGGGAAUCAAUCACAUGCAAUGUAUUCUAAUAUCUUUUAUAUUUGCAAAGUCUUUUUCACAUACCUAUAUAUUCUUAUGGAACGUUUCAUUGAAAUUUGCAAUUGAUUUUGUUUGUAAAUAUUUUGUAUUUAAGUUUUGUAAAUAUAUAGAGAUACAUAAUUCUGUUUUAAUUAUAAAUAUUAUUUCCUGUAGAAUUUCAAGCAAGAUUAUUGGGGUUUUUUAUUUUAAAGUAGAAAAUUAUUAAAAUGAUUAAGUCAUGUGUUCUAAGAAGGACCCAAUUAAAUGAACUACUAUUUUUACAAAAAAAAAUUAGAAAUUUUGUCUACAUUUGUUGUAUUGAUAAUAAAGAUUUAAAAAAAUAAACAAACCUUACUGUUUAUAAAUAAAUUUUCUAAUUCCUGUGAU